UGUUGCUGUUGUUGGUAACUCAGUAUUCUUCAUUCUGUUCUUCAAUAAUUCUUCAUCUCUGUGAAAUCGUGUCAUUUCCAGGUUGAGUGAUUGAUUGAUUGAUCUGUGUUCAGUGUCAGUUUAUCUGAGCGAGGAAAGGACUCUCUCUCUAAGAUGAGUCUCUCAGAGAAACACAGUGUGAGAUCAGACUCACAUGUGUCCAGCUCUGUGUCUCUGAAGAGUGACUGGUCAAAAGGUAUAGAUCCAAACUUCAGUGGGGAAAAACCAUCAUCUGAUAAAAGUGUAAGAUCAGACUCACAUGUGUCCAGCUCUGUGUCUCUGAAGAGUGACUGUUCAAAAGGUAUAGAUCCAAACUUCAGUGGGGAAAUGCCAUCAUCUGAUAAAAGGCUUCAAUAUGAGACAUUAGACUCAGACGUUCAGACUCAAAGGAAACACAAGAGUUUCACAGACAAUCUCCUGUGGAUCUUCCAGGAUCUUGAGAUCAAAAUAAUCACAUUUCUGAAGAAAGAGCUGGAAAAGUUUAAGAAAAUAUUACAAAAUGAGAACACAGAAUACUUUGUGAAGGACUUUAAUGCGAAUAGAUGCAGUACCAAAGCAGCAGCUCUUGAUCUCACACUACAUUACCUGAGAGAGAUGAAGCAAGAUGAAGCUGCUGAUGCUCUAGAAGAUGAGCUGUUUUUCAUUUGUCAGCUCAAAUGUGGCCUAAAGAAGAAGUAUCAAUGUGUGUUUGAAGGAAUUGCAAAGCAAGGUGACUCCAUACUUCUGAAUAACAUCUACACAGAUCUCUAUAUCACUCAGGGUGGCAGUGAACAGGUCAAUACUGAACAUGAGGUCAGACAGAUUGAAGUUGCUUCCAGGCGUCAUGAAUCUCAAGAGAUACAGGUUGAAUGCAGAAAUUUGUUUGAUGCUCUUGAACAACACAAGGAGAUCCGAACUGUACUGACAAAAGGAGUCGCUGGCAUCGGAAAAUCAGUCUCUGUGCAAAAGUUUGUUUUGGACUGGGCUGAAGGAAAAGAAAAUCAAGAUAUCAGCUUCAUAUUUCCUCUUCCAUUCAGAGAGAUGAACUUAAAGGAGAAAGAAACACUAAGUUUGAUGGACCUUAUAACUCAAUUUUUCCCAGAGACAAAAGGACUGAACCUUACAAGAAGGAAUCAAUUCAAAGUCUUGUUCAUCCUUGAUGGAUUGGAUGAAUGUCGCCUUCCUCUGAAGUUUGAUUGUAAUGAGACGUGGAGUGAUGUAUCGUCACCAGCCUCUCUGGAUGUUCUCCUAACGAACCUCAUGAAGGGAAAUCUGCUUCCUUCUGCUCUCAUCUGGAUCACCACCAGACCAGCAGCUGCCAGUAAGAUUCCUCCUGACUGUAUCGACCGGCUGACAGAGAUACGAGGAUUCAAUGAUGCUCAAAAGGAAGAGUACUUCAAAAAAAGAUUCACAGAUCAGAAUCAGGCCAACACAAUCAUUGAUCAUGUUAAAAAAUCAAAGAGUCUCUUUAUCAUGUGCCACAUCCCAGUCUUCUGCUGGAUUUCAACCACUGUUCUCCAGAACAUUCUGGAGCAGAAAAGAAAUAAUGAUGUGAAAAUCAAUCAGGCUGAUGAGAUCUGUAAAACACAUCAGGAAUCAAAUACUGAAGACACUCCCAAGACUGUGACACAAAUGUACACACACUUUCUCCGCUUUCAGAUCCAGCAGAGCCGCCGAAAGUAUGAUGGAGAAUACGCAGCAGAUGUUUCCUGGGAUAAAGAUGCCAUCCUUUCACUGGGGAAACUGGCAUUUCAUCAGCUGGAAAGAAACAACGUGAUCUUCUAUGACACAGACCUGGAAGCCUGUGGUAUUGACGUCUAUAAGGCAUCAGUGUACUCAGGCAUGUGUACCCAGAUCUUUAAGGAGGAAACAGGGAUCACUCUUGGUACCAUGUACUGCUUUGUUCACUUGAGCAUUCAAGAGUUUAUUGCAGCCCUUUAUGCACACCUGUUUCUAGACAUCAACAAGACAAGUGUGUUUGAUCAUGAGUCUACAGAACAGGAAAACAAAAAUGAAACCAUGAUUGAUUUUCUCAAGACUGCAGUGGACAAGACGCUUGAGAGUGACAGUGGACACCUGGACCUUUUCCUUCGCUUCCUCCUCAGUCUGUCACUCCAGUCCAAUCGACGACUCUUACGAGGUCUUUUGACACAGCAAGAUGACAAUGACCAGAGCAACAAGGAAAUAGUUCAGUACAUCAGGCUGAAAUUAGAAGAUAAUCUGCCUGCAGAGAGAUCCAUCAAUCUGUUCUACUGUCUGAAUGAACUGAACGACCAAACUCUGGUGAAGGAGAUCCAGACCCACCUUAGCAAAGGAAGUCUCUCAUCUGGUGACCUUUCACCUGCCCAGUGGUCUGCUUUGGCCUUUGUUUUGUUGACAUCAGAGGAAGAGCUGGAGGAGUUUGAGCUUCAGAAAUUCAAGAAAUCAGAUGAGUGUCUCAUUAGAUUAUCAGCAGUCAUCAAAACCUCCAGAAGAGCUCUGUUGGAUGAUUGUAACUUAACAGACAAAAGCUGUUUAGCUCUGGCUGCAGUUCUUGGAUCAGAUACCAAUCUGAAAGAGCUGAACAUGAACAAUAAUAAUCUGCAGGAUUCAGGAGUGAAGCUGCUCUGUGGUGGUCUGAAGAAUAUAAAGUGUAAAUUGGAGAUACUGAGACUCUCUAACUGCAGUGUAACAGAAGAAGGUUAUAAAGCUCUGGCUUCAGCUCUGAGAUCAAACCCUUCACACCUAAUAGAGCUGGAUCUCACAGGAAAUAUAACCAGAAACACAGGAGUGAAGCACUUAUGUGACAUACUGAAGGAUUCAAACUGUAAACUGAAGAUUUUGAGACUGUCUAACUGCAGUGUAACAGAAGAAGGUUAUAAAGCUCUGGCUUUAGUUCUGAGAUCAAACCCUUCACACCUGAUAGAGCUGGAUCUCACAGGAAAUGAUCCUGGACAAUCAGGAGUGAAGGAGCUUAAUGGUUUACUACAGGAUCCAAACUGUCAACUGAAGACACUGAGGUUUUUGAGUCCUGCUGCAGAUGAAGCCUGUCAGUAUGUGAAGAGAGUUGUGGGUAAAAACCCGUUACUCCUGAGAGAGCUGAAUCUGAGUGAACAUGAACUAGGAGACACACAAGUGAAUCAGAUCGCUGCUCUACUGCAGGAUAAACACUGUCGACUCGACACACUGACUCUGAAUAGAUGCAGUAUUACAGAGGAACAGUGUGUCAUCCUGACUUCAGCUCUGAAAUCAAACCCGUCACACCUGAGGGAGCUGAACCUGAGCUGGAAUAAACUAGAAAACACAGGAGUGAAGCACCUAUGUGAUGUACUGAAGGAUUCACACUGUAAACUGGAGAGAUUGAGACUCUCUAACUGCAGUGUAACAGAAGAAGGUUAUAAAGCUCUGGCUUCAGCUCUGAGAUCAAACUCUUCACACUUGAUAGAGCUGGAUCUCACAGGAAAUGAUCCUGGACAAUCAGGAGUGAAGGAGCUCAAUGAUUUACUACAGGAUCCAAACUGUCAACUAAAGACACUGAGGUUUUUGAGUCCUGCUGCAGAUGAAGCCUGUCAGUAUGUGAAGAGAGUUGUGGGUAAAAACCCGUUACUCCUGAGAGAGCUGAAUCUGAUUGGACAUGAACUAGGAGACAAACGAGUGAAUCAGAUCGCUGCUCUACUGCAGGAUAAACACUGUCGACUCAAUACACUGACCCUGAAUAGAUGCAGUAUUACAGAGAAACAGUGCGUCAUCCUGACUUCAGCUCUGAAAUCAAACUCGUCACACCUAAGAGAGCUGAACCUGAGCUGGAAUAAACUAGGAAACACAGGAGUGAAGCACUUAUGUGAUGUACUGAAGGAUUCACACUGUAAACUGGAGAGAUUGAGACUCUCUAACUGCAGUGUAAUAGAAGAAUGUUAUAAAGCUCUGGCUUCAGCUCUGAGAUCAAACCCUUCACACCUGAUAGAGCUGGAUCUCACAGGAAAUGAUCCUGGAGAAUCAGGAGUGAAGGAGCUCAAUGAUUUACUACAGGAUCCAAACUGUCAACUAAAGACACUGAGGUUUGUGAGUCCUGCUGCAGAUGAAGCCUGUCAGUAUGUGAAGGGAGUUAUGGGUAAAAACCCGUUACUCCUGAGAGAGCUGAAUCUGAGUGAACAUGAACUAGGAGACACACGAGUGAAUCAGAUCGCUGCUCUACUGCAGGAUAAACACUGUCGACUCAACACACUGACUCUGAAUAGAUGCAGAAUUACAGAGAAACAGUGUCUUAUCCUGACUUCAGCUCUGAAAUCAAACCCGUCACACCUGAGAGAGCUGAACCUGAGCUGGAAUAAACUAGGAAACACAGGAGUGAAGCACUUAUGUGACGUACUGAAGGAUUCACACUGUAAACUGGAGAGAUUGAGACUCUCUAACUGCAGUGUAACAGAAGAAGGUUAUAAAGCUCUGGCUUCAGCUCUGAGAUCAAACCCUUCACACCUGAUAGAGCUGGAUCUCACAGGAAAUGAUCCUGGACAAUCAGGAGUGAAGGAGCUCAAUGAUUUACUACAGGAUCCAAACUGUCAACUAAAGACACUGAGGUUUGUGAGUCCUGCUGCAGAUGAAGCCUGUCAGUAUGUGAGUGGAAUUGUGGGUAAAAACCUCUUACUCCUGAGAGAGCUGAAUCUGAGUGAACAUGAACUAGGAGACACACGAGUGAAUCAGAUUGCUGCUCUACUGCAGGAUAAACACUGCCGAUUCAACACACUGAAUCUGAAUAGAUGCAGAAUUACAGAGAAACAGUGUGUCAUCCUGACUUCAGCUCUGAAAUCAAACCUGUCACACCUGAGAGAUCUGAACCUGAGCAGGAAUGAACUAGGAAACACAGGAGUGAAGCACUUAUGUGACGUACUGAAGGAUUCACACUGUAAACUGGAGAGAUUGAGACUCUCUAACUGCAGUGUAACAGAAGAAGUUUAUAAAGCUCUGGCUUCAGCUCUGAGAUCAAACCCUUCACACCUGAUAGAGCUGGAUCUCACAGGAAAUGAUCCUGGACAAUCAGGAGUGAAGGAGCUCAAUGAUUUACUACAGGAUCCAAACUGUCAACUAAAGACACUGAGGUUUUUGAGUCCUGCUGCAGAUGAAGCCUGUCAGUAUAUGAGUGGAAUUGGGGGUAAAAACCUGUUACUCCUGAGAGAGCUGAAUCUGAGUGAACAUGAACUAGGAGACACACGAGUGAAUCAGAUCGCUGCUCUACUGCAGGAUAAACACUGUCGACUCAACACACUGACUCUGAGUGUUUGCAGUAUUACAGAGAAACAGUGUGUCAUCCUGACUUCAGCUCUGAAAUCAAAUCUGUCACACCUGAGAGAGCUGAACCUGAGCGGGAAUGAACUAGGAAACACAGGAGUGAAGCACUUAUAUGACAUACUGAAGGAUUCACACUGUAAACUGGAGAGAAUGAGGUUAAGUGACUGUUCUAUGACAGAAGAAGGUUGUUCUGCUCUGAUGUCAGCUCUGAAAUCAAACUCGUCACACCUGAGAGAGCUGGACCUGAGUGUGAAUAAACUAGGAGACUCUGGAGUGAAAAACUUCAGUGAUCUACUGAUGAAUCCACAAUUCAAGCUGGAGAAACUAGAGCUGAGUGGAUGUAGUAUUACAGAGAAACAGUGUGUCAUCCUGACUUCAGCUCUGAAAUCAAACCCGUCACACCUGAGAGAGCUGAACCUGAGUGAGAAUAAACUAGGAGACUCUGGAGUGAAAAACCUCAGUGAUCUUCUGAUGAACCCACAAUUCAAGCUGGAGAAACUAGAUCUGAGUGUUUGCAGUAUUACAGAGAAACAGUGUGUCAUCCUGACUUCAGCUCUGAAAUCAAACCCGUCACACCUGAGAGAGCUGAACCUGAGCUGGAAUGAACUAGGAGACUCUGGAGUGAAAAACCUCAGUGAUCUACUGAUGAUCCCACAAUUCAAGCUGGAGAAACUACAUCUACAGAAAUGUGGCAUUACAGAUGUUUCUUCUUUAACUCAGUCUUUGACUAACUCAAAAGCACUGCAGUUUUUAAAAGAUCUUGAUCUGAGUUACAAUAAGAUAGGAGACUCAAACCAGCAGCUCCAUGACGUGCUACGAGACUCAAACUGUGUCCUGAGAGUAGAUUAAUAUCUGUGAAAUCAUCAUGAGAGGAUCAGUAUUCAUCAGGUGAUCCACAGAAGAGUACUGUGACUACUGUGGACUACUGUGUCUGAAGACUACUGUGUCUAUGAGGAGAAAUAAAUGUGUGAUUGAUGUGUAAAUGUGUUUCAUACAGAUGGAAGAGACUCUUUACAGUUAAAUAAAGCUGUUUUAGCAUGAGUAUCAGAAACAUGUGAUGUUGAAUGAUUAAUGUUGCUUUAGUAUUCCAUCAAAUGAUGGUUUAGUUUUAUUUAAAGGUGGAACAGAAGGAAGAAGCUCAGAUGAGUCUGUAAGCAGAAAUCUUCAGGCUUUUCAGUAUCAGGCCUACAAAUAUAAUAAUGUUUGGACUGAACUCAUCCAUAAUGAUAAAAACAUUUCUAAUCAUAAACGUAAUUGUCGAGUAUACCACAUAAAUGUAUCAAAAUAUACAGGUGCUGGUCAUAUAAUUGGAAUAUCAUCAAAAAGUUGAUUUAUUUCACUAUGUAGGAACCGUGGACGAACAAGACAAAUGAAUCAUUCAGAUGAUUCUUUCAAAACAUAAUUCUAAUUCAGAAUUGGAAUUCUGGCUCCAGCCAUCUAUAGGAAAAUCCUUGCUUAAUUACUUUUAUAACCCCCCAUGCCUCCUGACAGCAGGAGAAGUGACAAACCAAAUGGUCACCCAAGAAGAUAAAGAGUCUUUGAUCACCAGAUCAAAAGAGAAAAGAGAAACAAUGCAGGCCCUUUUGGUUUCUCUAAGGGACCUAAAACUUUACAGAAAACCCAAUGAAGACUGUUCUGCAACUAAAACUGCAUCAAAAGUGUUCCAAACAAUUUUAAAUGGACUUAUUAAACAUCUUUGUACAUACAUUUUACAUCGUGUCCACAAAUACCAUGGGGUAACAAGAAGAACAGACAAGCAGCUCAUUCAAGCCAUCCAACUUUCACUCACUUUUCUUUUGCUAAAUUUUGUUUUCCCCUGAAAGUCUUGUGUUUCUAAGUUUUGCCACAAAGCUCAACCAACGACUUCUGCCGCUUCAGCUUUAACUCCAGCCAUGACAAAGAGACUUCCUUCCAUUUUUCAGCAAGCUCAAACGUUAUUGGUUUUUACCUAACUACCAUCUGUACCUGAAGAGACAAAUCAUCGACUUGGAAAACCCUUCUCUGCACGCCAACAAGGGAAGUUCACAUUUAAAGUCCACUAAAGCAAGUACC